CGUGAAGAUCCAAGACGUCCGCCAUGAUGACUACUGACUAACGCAAAAUGCGUACGUAAGAAGAGCAAAUAGUUUGGCGGAUGUUGCCAGGAUACGUAAGUUAUCAAGCAUCAAGGUUCAGCCAACUCAGAGACUGUACUCUUUGUCAUGUCAAUUCUUCACGUUGGAAGUGAUUAUCUGUGAUUUACUCAUCCUGCGGGGCUAUAAAAGACUCUCAGUCACUGAAGGAAGGCACCAUUUGGUCCAAGAACCCCAGGAGUUGAGGUUGAUCCUGCUCAUCUGCAGCCAUGAAAUUCUCCCUUGUUGCCGCUCUUGUUGUUGUGCUGGCUAUUGCCCAUGGCUCUGAGGCCGGGACUUUGGUGAAGCGUGACGUCCAGGCUGAGGUGGACAGGAUCACCGGCCUCAUCAAGGACAUGUCUGCCAGCCUCACCGCCACAACCCAGGACCUGGUGGAGAAAGUGAAGGCUCUGGAGGUGACCAACACUGCCCAGACUUACGUGGAGGAAGGCAGGGCCCAGAUCCAGCCUCUGGUCGAGAAGGUCCAGGCCGAGGCCAACAAGCUCCAGGCGCAGCUCGAGCCCUACAUGGCCAACAUUGAGGAGCAGAUGAAGCCUCUUACCGACGGCUUCAACGCUCAGGUCAGGCCCCUGACUGACAACAUCCAGGAGCAGGUCAAGCCUCUGACCGACAUGGUGGAGCAGUUCCUCCAGCAGGUCAUGGAGCAGACCAAGGCCCUGAUGCCCCCCCAGUAAAGCUUUCUGAUGGUUUAU